AUGAUUAGUUUCUUUACCAGGGACCUGGAGCGCAUUCAAAUGCCACACAACGACGCCCUAGUGGUCAUUCUUCGCAUCAAAGAGUUCGAUGUCAAGCGCAUCUUAAUUGACCAGGGAAGUUCGGCUGAGAUUAUGUACUAUAGUGCGUUCAAGCAACUCAAACUCCGUGAUACAGACUUGGCUCCGGCGACUUCGCCACUUGUAGGUUUCAACUCGCAACCGGAAUGGCCUUUGGGAAAGAUAAUUUUACUAGUCAAAGCCGGAACCGUGGUCAAGCAGGUGGAGUUCUGGGUAUUGCAGGUGCCGUCUACGUACAAUCUGAUCCUCAGUAGGGGAUGGCUUCACGCUAUGCAAGCUCUAGCGUAG